AUGACUGACAUUGACGCUGGGCGAUUUGGCCUCGGGGAGCGCUGCGAUAAUGACCCAGCCAGCGUGUCGGAGCCUCGACGCGUCGUGGGUUACGACGGCCACGUUUCGGGGACGCCAGCUGAACAGUGGGCGGGCUGUGAUGGAAAGUCCCUGACGCGUUGUAACCGCAGCCAUGCCCCCCUUGUGACUCCCACGGACUGUUUCCAGCGUCGUGGGCGCGAGCGCCGCGGUUGCGAGCGCCGCGUUCUCGGGGUAUCCAGCGACAAGGGCCCCGUCACCACAGACUCUUUGAUUCCUCCCGACGCGUCAUUGUAG